CAAGGACGCGCGCGCCUCGAACUUCGGGCUUCUAGUUGAUCGACCAGAGCUGGGAAUCCCGCUCCUCAGGGCCGCACCUGACCCCGGAGGCGUCAGAGCCGGAAGAUGAACAGCGAUGACUCCUCCCUCAUGGCUGGGAUUAUCUACUACAGCCAGGAAAAGUACUUCCACCACGUGCAGCAGGCUGCGAGCACGGGCCUGGAGAGAUUCAGCAAUGACCCUGUGUUACAGUUCUUUAAAGCAUUUGGAAUCCUCGGGGAAGAGCGUAUCCACGAUGCCAUCAGUGAGCUGGAGAGCAUCAAGAGCUACCCAGACAUGUGUCUAUGCUCUGUCAUCGCCCUGCUUUAUGCUCACAAACGCUGUGACACCAUUGAUGGAGAAGCUGUCCAGGAGCUGGAGAGCAGCUUAAAGGAAAUCCGCAAGACAGCCAGUGACACUGCCCUGUACUACGCCAGCCUGUUCUUCUGGCUCAUAGGCCACCACGACAAAGCCAGGGAAUAUGUUGAUCACAUGCUGAAGGUCUGCAGUGGCUCCAGAGAGGGCUAUAUACUUAAAGGCUGGGUGGACCUCACCUGCAAUAAGCCCCACAUAGUGAAGAAAUCCAUCAAGUACCUGGAGCAAGGAACUCAGGACACCAAAGAUGUGCUGGGGCUGAUGGGCAAGGCAACAUAUUUUAUGAUGCAGCAGAACUUCUCAGGGGCCCUGGAGGUGGUGAAUCAGGUCACUGCAGCCUCAGGGAACUUCCUGCCUGGCUUAGUACUAAAGAUGCAGCUGUUCCUGGCUCGGCAGGACUGGGAACAGACGGUAGAAACUGGACACAGAAUCCUUGAAAAAGAUGAAAACAAUAUUGAUGCCUGGCAAAUUCUAGCUGUGCAUGAGCUUGUGAGAGAAGGGAACAUGACCACAGCUGCUGAUCAUGUUAGAAAUCUAAUCAAGGCACUAGAAGCUCGAGAACCCCAGAAUCCAAGCCUCCACCUUAAGAAGAUUCUUGUGGUCAGCAGACUGUGUGGGAGGCACCAGGCAGUUCAGCGGCUAGUGAGCAGCUUCAUGGAGCGCAUUUUCAUGUCCACACCCUCCUGUGCCCUUGUGGCCACAGAGCUGGGCUAUCUCUUCAUCCUACAGCACCAAGUGAAGGAGGCGUGUCAGUGGUACAAGGAGGCCAUGAAGCUGGAGAAUAGGCUGGCUACCUUGGCAGGGAACAUCUGGUGCCUGAUCUUACAGGGCCAGCUGGAGGAGGCUGCGUACCAGCUGGAGUUCUUGAAGGCGGUACAACAGUCCCUUGGGAAAUCUGAGGUGCUGUUUUUCCUGCAAGCCCUUGUAGCAUCUAAGAAGCAAAAUGGAGAGCAGGAGGCCACAGAGCUCCUGAAAGAGGCUGUGGAGCUGCACUUCUCCAGCAUGCAAGGCCUGCCCCUGGGUCCUGAGUACUUUGAGAAGUUGGACCCUCUCUUUCUGGUCUGCAUUGCCAAGGAGUAUCUGCAUUUCUGUCCUAAGCAGCCUCGGUCACCAGGCCAGCUGGUGUCUCCCCUUCUUAAACAAGUCACUAUGAUCUUAAGUCCUGUGGUAAAGGCAGCCCCAGCCAUGAUGGACCCUCUAUAUGUGACAGCUCAGGUCAAGUUUCUCUCAGGAGAGCUGGAGAAUGCCCAGAGUACCCUGCAGCACUGCCUGGAGCUGGACCCCACCUUCGUGGAUGCCCAUCUCCUCAUGUCUCAGAUCUACCUGGCGCAGGACAACUUCGCCAUGUGUUUCCACUGCUUAGAGCUGGGUGUCAGCCACAACUUCCAGGUCCGAGACCAUCCUCUCUACCAUUUCAUCAAAGCCAGAGCCCUCAACAAGACUGGUGACUAUGCAGAGGCCAUAAAGACGCUGAAAAUGAUCAUGAAAUUACCCACCAUGAAGUUAGAAGAAGGCAAGAAGUUCCCUGGGCCCUCCGUGCAGCCCAGUGAGCGAGCAUCCAUCUUACUGGAGUUGGUAGAAGCCCUCCGGCUGAAUGGGGAGCUGCACGAGGCCACCAAGAUCAUGCAAGACGCUAUCAAUGAGUUCAGUGGCACACCAGAGGAGAUGCGCAUCACGGUUGCCAACGUAGACUUGGCCCUGAGCAAGGGCCAUGUGGACAUGGCACUGAACAUGCUGAGGGGCAUUACGCCCAAGCAACCCUACUACACGGAAGCCAGGGAGAAGAUGGCCAGCAUCUACCUGCACACCCGCAAGGACAUUCGCCUCUACAUCGGCUGCUACCUGGAGCUCUGCCAACAUCUGCCCGGUCCCCACAGCAGCCUGCUACUAGGCGAUGCUUUCAUGAGCAUUCAGGAGCCUGAAAAGGCCCUGGAGGUGUAUGACGAGGCCUAUAGAAAGAACCCACGUGAUGCCUCCCUGGUCAGCAGGAUUGGGCAAGCCUACGUGAAGACCCACCAGUACAGCAAGGCCAUUAAUUAUUACGAGGCUGCCCAGAAGAUCAGUGGGCAGGACUUUAUGUGCUGUGAUCUGGCUGAACUGCUCCUGAAGUUAAAGAAGUUCCACAAAGCAGAAAAGAUUCUGAAGCAAGCCCUGGACCGUGACUCGGCUGUCAAAGACAUCCCGUCCAUGAUGCAUGAGGUUAAGUGCUUGCUUCUGCUGGCCAAGGUUUACAAGAGCCAUAAAAAAGAAGAAGUGGUACAAACACUGAACCAGGCCUUGGACCUCCAGUCCAGGAUACUGAAGCGUGUUCCUUUGGAGCAACCAGAAAUGAUCCCCUUCCAGAAGAAGCAGGCGGCCUCCAUCUGCAUCCAGUUUGGGGAGCACUACCUAGCAGAAAAGGACUACCCCAGUGCAGUGCGGUCUUACAAGGAUGCUCUCUCAUACUCACCUACUGACAAUAAGGUGGUGCUGGAGCUGGCUCGGCUUUACCUGCUCCAGGGGCACCUUGACCUGUGCGAGCAGCACUGUGGUGCACUCCUACGGAUGGAGCAGACCCAAGAGACAGCCCAGGUGAUGCUGGCCGACCUGAUGUUUAGAAAACAGAACUAUGAAGCAGCCAUCAGUCACUACCGCCAAGUGCUGGAGAAAGCGCCAGACAAUUUUUCAGUAUUGAAUAAAUUGAUGGAUCUGCUACGACGGGGUGGCAAGCUUGAAGAGGCUCCUGCCUUCUUUGAUCUGGCCAGGAAGGUGUCUAGUAGGGUGCCUUUGGAGCCAGGGUUCAGCUACUGCCAAGGCAUCUAUUGCUGGCACAUCGGGCAGCCCAAUGAAGCCUUGAAGUUCCUAAACAAAGCCCGCAAGGACAGCACUUGGGGUCAUAACGCCACCUACUACAUGGUGCAGAUCUGUCUGAAUCCGGACAAUGAGAUAAUAGGUGGAGAGGCUUUUGAGAGCCUGUUGGCUGAUGGCAACUCUGCCAGUAGGAAAGAGUGCCAACAGCAGGGGGUGCGUACUGCAGAGAAGCUGCUGCGGGAGUUCUACCCACAUUCGGACUCUGGGCACACCCAGCUGCGGCUGCUACAGAGCCUCUGCCUGCUGGCCACCAGGGAGAAGGCCAACGUGGAGGUGGCACUGGGCACCUUCAUCGAGAUGGCCCAGGCUGAGAAGGACAGCAUCCCAUCACUGCUGGCCAUGGCACAGGCCUAUAUGCUGCUGAAGCAGAUCCCAAAGGCCCGCACACAGCUGAAGCGCCUGGCCAAGGCUCCGUGGACACUGGAGGAGGCAGAGGACCUGGAGAAGAGCUGGCUCCUGUUAGCAGACAUCUACUGCCAAAGUGGCAAGUUUGACUUGGCCACGGAGCUGCUGCGCCGCUGCCUGCAGUACAACAAGUCCUGUUGCAAGGCCUAUGAGUACAUGGGUUUCAUCAUGGAGAAAGAGCAGUCUUACAAGGAUGCAGCCACCAACUAUGAGCUGGCCUGGAAAUACAGUCAUCAGGCCAACCCCAGCAUUGGUUUCAAACUGGCUUUCAACUACUUGAAGGAUAAGAAGUUUGUGGAUGCCAUUGAAGUCUGCCACAGUGUUCUGACGGAGCACCCCAACUAUCCCAAGAUCAGAGAGGAAAUUUUGGAGAAAGCCCAGGGGUCCUUGAGGCCCUAGCUGUGGCCAGAGGGGGCUUGGACCUGUAGAAGCCACCAAUCUACAGAAGUCUCAUGGGGAGGGUAGGAAGUGAAUCAACUGAGAAAUAAUUCAGAAAAGGACAUAUUCUCUCGAUUUCUAUAUUGUAUGUGGUUUAUUUGGAAUCAUGCCUCAUUGAGCCUAAGGGUUCCGGAAGCUCUACAUUUUUAAGGAGAUUAAGUAAUUUUGCUAUAGGUAGGGAAGAGAUCAACUGGCUUAGCUUCUGCUGGGCUUUGAUUUGAAGGCUCCUUUCUAACACUUGUCCCCCCCUCCCCGCCCCCCCGCCU